ACAUUGUGAUGUCAUGGUUCCGGAACUUGCUUUAAGACAUCACAUUGGCUUCAAUCUCAGAAGUCUGUUUAGAAGUCUGUAUUUUAACCAAACUUUCAGUCCGUUUACAGUCCUAUCGAACAGAGACCUAAACGCCAGUCUGAUCGACAACAGAGACUUCUGUUACAGAGAACCACAGUCUGCUUUGCAUAUCUCAAGUCUGCUACAGAUAGUGCAAUGGAUAAAACACAAAAUCCAAAAAACUGGGGAUUUGUUGGUGGUCCUCAGGGCCUACGAGGACCUCGCCAACAUUACCCUCAGGGCCAACCUCGACCUCGUCAAUAUGACCCAUGGGACCAACGAGGACCUCGACAAUAUGACCCUAAGGGCCAACCUGGACCCUGUAAUCAUGACCCUCUGGGCCAACCUAGACCUCGUCAAUAUGACCCUCAGGGCCAACCUGGACUCUGUAAUCAUGACCCUCAGGGCCAACCUAGACCUCGUCAAAAUGACCCUAAGGGCCAACCUGGACCCCAUCAACAGGACCCUCAGGGCCAAACGGGACCUCGUCUAUAUGACCCUAAGGGCCAACCUGGACCCUGUAAUCAUAACUAUCAGGGCCAACCUAGACCUCGUGGACCUAACUAUCAGGAGAGGAAGAAGUACCACACAUACCACGACAAGUGCUACCAGGUCGUCUCAGAGCAGGAGGAACACAUCUCCAAACUAGAGAAAGCUCUCCGACUCCAGCAGGAGAAGAUGGAAUCUGUCCAGCUCCUGAACAAGGAAUAUUUGGAAAAGUUGCUUGAAUGCCAUGAUGAAGACAACCCGGCGAAAUUGAAGAGCCAACAACAGAUCUAUCAGAAAACAAACCUGGAUCUCAUCGAAGACAUGAACAUCCCUCAGACCCUCAAAGACACUAUUAGCCAACUGUUGCUCACAGGAGAUGAAUUCCAAGAGCACGAAACAGUUUGGCAAGAAAAAUAUGAAGCUCUGGAGGGCAGGUUCGCAAAGGACCUGGCCUCAAAAGAACAGGUUUGGGAGACCAAAAUAAAAGAGAUGGAGAGAAAGGUCAAUCAGGUGGAGAUUGAGAAGAAAGAACUGGUGGACAAAUUUACCAUGGACAUGGCCGACAAAAAACAGGCCUUGGAACAGAGCUUGAAGACCAUGGAAGACUGGCUCGAAUGCAACAAAGUUCGGGAAUCAAGGUUCCAAGAGGAGCUGGCCAAGAACAAAGAGUUAGAGACCAAAUUAAAAGAGGUGCAGGAUGAGAACAACUACCUGGCCGAAAAACAUCAACGCCAGGAGAUGGAAUUAAACAAGCUGCAGGAUGAGAACAACGACCUGGCCGAAAAACAUCAACGCCAGGAGACGGAAUUGAACAAGGUGCAGGAUGAGAACAACGACCUGGCCGAAAAACAUCAACGCCAGGAGAUGGAAUUGAAUAAGCAGCAGGAUGAGACAAAGGACCUGGCCGAAAAACAUCAACGCCAGGAGACGGAAUUGAACAAGCUGCAGGAUGAGACAAAGGACCUGGCCGAAAAACAUCAACGCCAGGAGAUGGAAUUAAACAAGCUGCAGGAUGAGAACAACGACCUGGCCGAAAAACAUCAACGCCAGGAGAUGGAAUUGAACAAGGUGCAGGAUGAGAACAACGACCUGGCCGAAAAACAUCAAUGCCAGGAGAUGGAAUUGAACAAGCAGCAGGAUGAGACAAAGGACCUGGCCGAAAAACAUCAACGCCAGGAGACGGAAUUGAACAAGCUGCAGAAUUGGAUCCAGGACCUGGCCGGAAAACUUCAAUGCCAGGAGACGGAAUCGAACAAGCUGCAGGAUGAGACAAAGGAGCUGGCCGAAAAACAUCAACGCCAGGAGACGGAAUUGAACAAGCUGCAGAAUGAGAUCCAGGACCUGGCCGGAAAACAUCAACGCCAAGAGAUGGAAUUGAAACAACUGCAGGACAAGAACAACGACCUGGUCGAACAACAACAACGCCGGGAGACAGAAUUCAUUCAGUUGCAUGACGAAAACGAGGUCCUGGAGAAUCUCUGUCUCAAACUGAAGAAGAAGAAGAAGUGGGGUUCCUUCUUUCGCAGAAAUGAAACAGAGGAUAGGCAGACACAAUUGGAGGAGUUGAAAACUAAAAUGCAAAACAGGGAGAUGAAAAAGAAAGAGAAGAGGGAGAAAGCUGAGAUGAAAAAGAGAGCAAAAGAGGAGAGGUGUGACGGGGACAGUCAGGUGGAGGAGUCUGCUGGGUGUUGACACCAGUAGCUCCCUCUCCCCCUUCUCUCCUCCAUCCACCUUCACCUCCUCUCUUUUCAUCCCUCCUCCUUCUGUCCACCCUCCACCAUCUCACCUCCACCCUUCGUCCUUCUCCCGUACCCCAUCAACUUCAGGGCGGCACAGUGGCUCAGUGAUUAGUGAUUAGCACUGCAGCCUCACAGAGACACCUCCACCUGUCCAGCUGUGUGGAGUUUGCAUAUUCUCCCUGUGUCUGCGUGGGUUUUUACCCUGGUGCUCAGGUUUCCUCCCACAAUAUCAAAAGAUAUGCAAAUUAUUUGGACACUGAUUGUACGGUAUUUGAUUUGAGCCCUGGUGAUCAGGUUUCCUCCCUAAUAUAUUAACUAAUUGUUUAUAUGUUUAGAGUGUCAAGUGAGUUGACAUUCGAAGCAUAUGAACUAAUUGUUAAUAUAUUUAGAGUGUCAAGUGAGUCGCUACUUAAAUCAAUCAAAUACAAUCAAUCAUGGAGAUUUCUCCCACAAUCCAAAUAUAUUAAUAAACAUCAAAAUCAAAUAAAAAUUCAAUCAUAUAGGGUUCUCUGCUGGUGCUCAGUUUUACCCCACAAUGCAAAUAUAUUAAUAAAAAAACCCUUCAUAAAUAAAAGUUAAA